GGGAUUGAGUUGUUGUUGCUCGCGGAUGCUCAUCGGUGCGAGAGAUGCAGUGGCGCCGGCAAAUUAAAGUCAACCGGGUCAUCGGCUCCUCCAAGUUUGCCCUGCUGCUGACCAGGUACCAAGAUGCCCCGCCGGGGGAGGAAGACGAGGAGGAGGGAUCCCGCAACGGCUACCUGAUAAAAUCCGGCCAUGAGUCGGGCCGGAGUGAGCGCAACGGGUACGGCCCUCCGUGGCUCAAGUCUCGUCACGGUAGCGCCGGCAGCAGCGGCAGCGGCAACUCCAACGGCCAGGCGAGCCACGCGGGCAGCACGACCAGCGGCUACGCGAGUGGCGGCUCCAGGUCGAGGCGGACCUGCAGCGAUGGACACGACUCGCCGACCCAGCAGCAGCAGCAGCAGCAGCACAACCAGCAGAGGAUCGUCUUCAACGAGGACGAGUACACGAGGAUCACGACGCCCAGGCAGGACAUGCUCUUCAAGAAGGGCUACCUCGGCCAGAAGAAGCAGUGGACUCCCAGCAACGCCAGCAUGAGCGCCACCCCGUCGACCACGGAGAGCCAGUCUGCCUCGCACUCCACCGCAGAUGGAAGCGAAGCGGCGGAAGAUCAGCAACUUCUGGACAGCGGCGGCGUGCCGGCCGAGUACGCGCCGCAGCUGAUGGAGGCCGUACCACCGGGUCCGGCUCAGCUGAGCUACGGCACCUACUACGACCACACGAGCGGCUACUUCUACGAGUACCCCAUGAUGCUGGUGGGCCCGGCGUUGCCCGACGAAAUGGGCCAGCCCAACAUGCUUGCAGCCAUGCCCUGUGCACCGGUACCCCUCAGGCCCAUCGAGUGGGUCAAUCCUGCCUUCGUGCCCAAACUCGCCUCGCAACAGUACUGCUACAUGGACUACCAGGGAGUGCCGCCAACGGACUGCGCAGGGCUGGUGGACGCUCAAGGACUGCCCAUCUGCAGUCCGGAUAGCUUGAUCCCGACUACGAACGGCCUGAGCAACGAGGCGAGUCUGACGGGUGGCAGCGCCUCAGUUUCCGCAUCAGCCUCGGCGAGCGGCAGUAUAGCAGACGAGCCCCUCGCGAACAACAAAGCAACACUGCCGGCGACACAGGUUCAGGAGAAUCAACCGGACCAGGAUCUCAGUCUCGAGCAGGAGGAGCUGAUGCAGGAGGUUGAGGGUGACGAAGAUGAAGAAAAACCUACCGAGACUGAAGAGCCGCUCGAAGAAGCACCGAUGGACGGCCUGGAGUACCCGGAGGCCGCGGCUGCGCCGUACGUCGAAACGCUGCCGCCUCAGCCGGUUCACCUGGCUCACAUGAUGCCUCCGCCGAUGGGCCACCAGCCCGCCUACCUCUACCCUGGACAGUACAUGUUUGGCCCACCAGUGGUCAACGUCAACGGCGUGACGAUACAAAGUGGGCCCAUGCUCAGAUGCAACGACAUGCUGGCGAGUACCGCGGCGGUGGCCUGCGCGAAACGCAGGAAAAAGAAAAGGAAGAGAAAGCAGAAGCGUCCGCAUGCUCUCGGUAACACGGAGGAUGAAGACGAGGAAGACUACAGUUCGGAAGGCGAGAACGGUCUUCCCUCUCCCCGAGUCUCCUUGUCGGCGGCUCCUACCACAACGGGUAGCCUCAGCAACCGACCGCUCAACCCGGAGUGCCAAGAGUUCCACCUGCGGUCCGACCUCGCCAACUCGACGCCCGAGUCGUUCUCGGACAGCUGCGGCACAUCCUCGAUAGCCGUGACAAUGACGACGACGACGUCCGAGUCGAAUGGCGAGGCCGCCCCGGAGGAGGACUGCAACAGUCCUGCAGUAACGCUCAACAACCACCAGCACCACGCGGACAACGAAGAAGCCACUACAAGACUGACCGAUGAGCCUGCCGAGACUGCAGCGGAUGUCCAUAGCAAGGACCUGGAGAACGGUAUGGAUCACAAGCUGCCAAACGGCUGCGACGAGGAAGAGAAGACGGAGAAGCAGGAGGAGGAAGAGGAGGCAAUGAAGAGCAGCAGGAUGAGCAACGGCGGAAUCACAACGCAGCCCAGACGCAAGUACAGCGCCAAAGCGCUCAAGUUCGUGCGCGAACCCACGCCCGGACCUGACCUCGACGACGAGACGAACAAUCACGAAGAGGCACAGAGGGACGUCGCUGUCGACGAACUCACACUCGUGCUUAGCAGGACGACCAUCAUCGAGGCGCAAGCCUCGCAGAACGACGCCGAUCUAGAUAUCAGUCGAAGCCGGGCUGACGAAGAGAGCCCGACGCCGAUCGCCUCCGAAAGUUGUUGCGACGAGAUGAAGAAUCACGAAACGACAACAAAGACGACAACGACGACGCUCACGGGGACCAUCACCGCCGCCGACGAGGACUCCGGCUUCGAAAGCCAGUCGAAGCACGGUUACUCGGACCGGCCUAUAACCGACGCUGUGAACGAGUGGCUCAAGAGGGCCAAUUCGCCUGAUCUCUUUAUCACGUCCUCGGCGACUAGCGACGAGGAUGAGGAGGACGACGAGGACGCCUCGAUAAGCAACGAGCCGUCAAAAAACUUGCAGGGCAACCCCAUGCCUGCACUAUCUGCUAAUGGCGCUGGCGCUGAAAAGCGCGAGGCCAGUCGCGGUAGAGUCGCAGAGACCGGCGAGAGCAGCACCGGAUCCAGCAACGACGAGGCCGUCAGGUCAGGCGGCCCCUCGUUGAAGGGGAGCAGAAACGUUAGAGGUGCCAGGAGAAAAGGUGCGAAGAGUCACCGGCGGAAUCAAGAGAGUCAAUUUUUAAAGCUCGAUACGCAACAAAAUAAACUCGAUAAGGCACAAGAACAAGCACAAGUUUCUGUGGAAACAUCCAAAGCCCCACCGGGCAAGGCGCUCGAAGGUAUUUGCGAUUCCGCUGAGAAGGAUAGAGAUGUGGGUAUGAGGGUUGCUGAAAAUUCUCGGAUCAACGUGAGAAGACUCCAGGAGCUUGCGAAUUCUACAGUAAUUCGCAAAGCGCCAGAGGAAGCUUGCAAGGAGAUAUGCGUGGGAGACGUACAGGCGGUUAAAACGUUCGAGAAGGGUGAGAUCGUGGUCUCGAUGGACGGUGAACUGUUGCUGGUUGCAUCGGAACUUCGGGAGAAGGACGCUGCGAGACGGAACAGCGACAGCACAUUGGAAGACGAGCACCGAAACUCUUUGGGUAGCAUUGAGGAGCCGGACGUUCUCGAGUGCUGGGAGGCGGAAACUGUCGAGCCAGUCAUGAGCCCGAAGAAGACGCUCGACGCUGACGAAAACGACGAAGAUGAUCUUUUAGUGACUAAGGACAACGGCCCCGAUGGCAUGGAGCAUGUGCAGAGAUAUUACAGACUUCAGGCUGACUCGAGUGUUUCAAGUGUCGAGGACGAGACUCGCGAUAAUUUAGUUAUAAACGAUAAUUUUGAUGCGUCUAGAUCGAAGACUGUGCCAAACACUCCCGACCCAAUGACCGAUAGCAUCAGCAGCAUCGAGGACAUACCAGUGAUUGUUCCCGUGGAAGAUGAGCUCAAGAGUAUCACCGACUACCACUCGAAGCUGCCAAUCGACGAGGCAUUCGAGGUUUACGAAAGCUGCUACACGGGUAAACCCCUCAAUUUCACCUCGAUCGAUCCCAAAUUCGACAAGUCGCCGUUCAUGAGUCGGGACGGGGAGGGUCCUAUACCGUGCAAGGCUGUCUGCUGCAAUAUUCAAUGACACAGGGAGAAUCCUCAAGAAAAUGGCCGUCCUCCAUUCUGAUCUAUCCAAGUGGGAAGAGUAAAUUCAAGUACCAUGAACCUUUUGUUCCUGAUUUUUGAUUCUUGAACCAUUGAUUGUUUCUUACCCAUUUUUCGGUUUUUGACGAGAUCAAGCAAGAGUAUUUUAUCGAUAAUUGUAUAGCAAAACAUAAUUCACCGUCUCAUAUUAUUUCUGGAAGAAAAUCAGUAACUCAUAGUUGAUGGUACUUAAAUGCUCGAAUAUUUGUAGGGGUCCUUGCUAUUGACACGUGACUAAAAAUGUUAGUCAAUUUUUGGGGGAGUUUACUCGAAGAAUGUUGAAAAUAAGUAAUCAAUGAUGAAACCGACAAGAAUUUUGUGUUCCAAUAUAAGCUUUGCGUUUGUAAAUAGCAUACCAGCGUUCGUUCGCGUUUUCACCCAAGUCACAAAAGACUUCUUUGAUACACUUACAUGAUAAUGUAUGGUCUCCAGAGUUCUAGCGUAUAUACUGUAUGCAGUUACUGUAGAUCGUAAUAAUUAUUGUAUUGCAUCCUUCAUGAUUGUUUUUUCAAACUUACAUAUUUCUUUAGCUUUUUAAAGACGAUUGAAAAAUGUCUGUCAAGGUUCCUAAUUACUAUUACUUGAUUUAAUAGCCAAAAUAUAUGUCUCUUAAGAGUUUGAUUCAAUAUUACUACGAUGAAGAUCAUUUGGAUUUUGAAAAGAUUAAAAAACUGUUUACAUCAACAAUCCUGCAUUAAAUUUCUAUCAUGACGUAUUCGCGGAAUCGUCUCAGAUGUGUGAUGAUAUAAUGUUUAAAUGGCAAAGGAAUAAAAAAAGAAAUAGUCGUUAAUGUAUUUAGUCUCCGCGUGUGAGAGCUCGAUAAGUUUUCGUUUUGAGCACAUAAAAAUGGAGCUAAGAAGAGUUAGAAGCUAGUCCGAGAAGGCUGAUGAACAAAAGAUACCAAAGCGCGGUAAAAAUGUGACGGCGUAUUGUUAUAAUUGUUAUCGUUCUUGUUAUCGAUGAUCCAAGUAUAGAAAGUGUGACUGAGGCUAGAACUCGAGUCGUAUAUGUGAUUAGAGCAUAUUUUGUACGACCCUCUUAAAAAGGAGAAUUUGAGAUCUUGAAGUUUAAGAGAGAAAUUUUAAUAUUUGUUUUUGUUCGGGAGUUCGACAUUUGCAAAGUAAAGCUCGUCUGCGCGUUAUCGUUGACACUGACGUAUACACGAGACACAUCACCAAAGAGAUCAUCCUAGCUGGUAGCCGGAAAAUUAUUGAAUCUGCUUCGCUGCUUUUUGUGUACUCUCUCCCAGUUGAGACAAUGCUAUAGCGUCGGUGCGAGCAACGCGCGAGCAUAAUCGACAAUUUACCGUAGAUGCUUAACUCAUCCAGCUAAUUAUGAAAAAAAAAACUAGAUUGGCACAGAUUAACCAGGGAGAAAAAUUGAAUUUUAACGAAAGUAGGCCAAACUUUUAGAUAAGCCGUAACAAUUUUAGGCAAGUAAUAAAACCAUGAUAGUUGAGGACGUUGUAAGUCUAAUAAGGUUGAGAAAAAUAAAAAAAAAAUGGAAUCAAAUAAUCAUGUGAAACGACAAACGAUGAGGAGGUGGGCAAAAAACUGUAAUGUGCGUAGAUGUUGAUGGUAGACGUUAAACGUGCUGUAAGCCGAUAAUGUAAAUAUAUAAGGCAGAGCUUGUUGAUGAAAGGAGUUUGCGCGGGCGAUUGAUUAAUAAUUCUGGGGGACAAAUUCAUGAAACAUAGACAUACGCUACAUACACUCACGCAUGCUUAGGAAUGAACUAGUGUUAAAAAUGUACGACACACAAUUCCGCGAGACACGUAACGUUGAAGAAACAAUACGAAAUUGCUUACGCAACUCGCGUAUAUACUAUAUCACACGUUGAACACAGGAACGAAAACACAAGGCGCACUUGUUACGAUAUAAUUCACGCUUUGAGGUACGGGACGUGUAAGAGAGGGAGAAAGGUGAGGGAGAGGAAAGGAAGGAGCGAUAGCGCGUGACCUUUGCAUCAAAUACCUCAUAUAAAUGUAUGUAAAUAAACGAAACGCACGAGAAAAAGAUAUCAGACGUAUGCAUACGCGGCUAACUGUAUGCGCAUCUUCAUCAUCCGGUCAGUUCAGAAGCAUCCACAUCAGGCGCACCUUUUUCUCUGUCUUAAAAUCCGGCUCACGAAAACCAAAUAUCAGUGUUCUUUUGCUCUAGAACUUCUAAGGGAAUCGGCGUAUCCGACGUCGAUUCGACCAAAGUGCUUUACGUUACGAUAAUAUAUAGGGUUUGAUAUAUGUAUAUACAUAUAUAUAUAUCGCUAUUAUCAAAGUGCGCAUCGCAUCAAUUGUGUGCCUUAUUCUGUGGCGGCCAUUUUUCUAACCGAUUGACCCUGCGAAUUUCUUCGGAUCGUUGUAAGAAGAAGAAGAAGAAGAAGAAAAAGCGAUACAAAAAUUCAGGUCGGAGAAAGAAAAAGAGAGGGAGAGGGAGAGAGAGAGAGAGAGGCGAAGAGAGUAAAAGCAUCAGCACCGAUAUAGAAACCCUUCAUGAUAGAGCGGGACUGGAAAACACGCAUACAUACAAUACACGAUUGAAAUUCUAAUCAUUCAGACUAGCGCACGCGGCAAAUCGAUGCGGAUCAAGGGAUGGAAAAAGGUACACACUCGCACACGCAGAUUACACGUAUACAUAUAUAUAAGAAAAAGAAUGCAUCUCCUAUCGAUACGAUACGUUCGAACACGAGUCAUGUUGCUGUACAAUUUCAUGAAGAAACUUACUAUAUCAGAAUACAAUGUAAGGAAUAACUCUGUACUUUAAUUCUUUUGUGUUUUGCUUAAAAAAUAUUAAUAAAACGAUUCGAAAAAAA